UUUCUGAACGCAGCCAAUAAUUUCGUGUCGGGAUACCUGCAAGCAUGGUGUGUGCGCGCUCGUGGUGUAUAGGCACGUGUGCAUGAAUGUGUGAAUGUACGAGCUGUUAAUUCUAUCGUUAUCAAAUGUUGUUUCAAAGGUUCUUUAUUUGACCGAUGGAGUUGCGGGCAAGAGUCAUCCUGGAAGAAGAACGGAGAUCUUUCCACGAACGUGUCGUUCGAUAUUCUUCACGCGAAGGAAACGUUACGCCAUGACGCGCACAUCACCGCACAGCUGUCAUUCGUAAACAACUCCAGGACUCAGCGCAAGUAUAAACAAGCAGCUCGUUUGUUCCUGAAGUCAAAAUGUCUGUGACAGAAGAGAAAAUCCAGGAGUUGAAUCGACAAUUCCUGGACUUUAUGAGCAAGCCGGAGAAUAUCGAUACAACCACGAAAGAGAUUUACGAGGAUCUAUUGGACGAGGUCCUGAUGGGUUUUGUCUUUGAUGUUCAUCGUACCACGAAGACUGGCAGUUCCGACGUCGAGGAGGGCAUCCCUGAUGACGAAUCCUAUGCCAUUGUCGAUUCGCCUGGUCUGGACGUAUUCGGUCAACAUCCCGUGAAAAAGUCACAAGAGUGCAUUUGCCCAAACUGCGACCGCAGCGUAGCAGCCUGCCGAUUCGCCACGCAUUUGGAGAAGUGCAUGGGCAUGGGUAGAAACAGCUCGCGCAUCGCGUCGCGACGCAUCGCUAACAAUUCCAAGGACCUGAGCAAUUACGGCGGCAUGAUAAGCGACGACGACGACGACGUCGACUGGAGUCUGACCAACGAUAACAAACGACGACGUCCGCGCAAGGACCGCAACGGCAUGAACAAGCGUGCCAAGCAGCAAAAACAGCAGCAGCAACAAGCCGGCGGCGGAAGCACGCAACAAAGGAACGGCGAGGCUAUGGGCGAACACGCGCAUAGCAGCAACGAAAACUCGCCGUCGAAUUAUGAGAAUAUGUCGCUGAUGGACAAGCGGGCGCUUCUCACGCAGAUCUGUGGCGUCGUGUCCGAGCACACGAAGAAGCUGUGUACCCGCUCGAUGCGUUGUCCGCAGCACACGGACGACCAACGAAAAGAGAUGCGUGCGAAUCUAGAGUCUGGCAGCCAACAAGACAACUUGCACGUGGACGUGGACACAUACGAAGAGGCCGACGGACAGAAUCUGCGAGAGGCUUUGGCAAGAUGGGAUAGGGAAGGUUCCAGCCACUCCAGUCCGGCUGACUCCGCAUCUACCACGUCAACUUCGUCGAUCAGUCGGAAACGGGAGACUAAAUCGAAGGGUAAAGGCAAGGGAUCGAAGCGCGAUCGUGGUUCUCCGAUCUCACAGGGAGACUGAGGAAGUGGGUGUAUCAGGUUCAUCUCGCAGCGACAAAGAAAUGUACAAUAAUGUUCCUAAUCAUUGUAUAUAAAGCUGAAAAUUUGCUGUAUAUAAGGCUGAAUUAUGAAGAAAAAACGAGACGAAACGAAGUUUGUGAAAACGAAACUUCUAAAUUUGUGAAACUUAUUGCAGAGUUUCAUCUUUCGUGUCGUAGCGCAUGAUGAUUACGAUAAUUAAUUGAUUACGCGUGAAUUAAUAAUAAGGAAAUAAAAUAUAAAAAAAAGUCGGAACAAGUUUGUGUAAUAUACUUAGUCCUAAGACUUUCCCACGACGUUCUUUUGUAAUUUUUAUUUUUAAGAAAAUAUAUAGAUAGUCAUAAAUUUAAGUAA